UCUCAGCCCCUCAUUGUUCCGUCCGCCCAAAUCCCCAACCCAAACCAAAAUCACCUAAACAAACACACACACUUCCUCUCAUUCUCAGUCAAACACAUACACACACAGCAAUGGCAGCCUCGCUCUCCGUCUCCAGACUCCUCUCUGCCUCCACCACUCUCUCUCUCUCCGCCAGAACCUCAACCUCUCUCUUCCCAACCGCCAAAACCCUCUUCUGUAAACCCUUCUUCACGUCUCUCCCCCUCAAACUUCACAACAACCACCCAAAACCCCUCAAACUCUCCACCACCGCCACACCCAAAUCCACAAUCUCCGCCUCCAUCGCCGUCGGCGACAAGCUCCCAGACGCCACGCUCUCCUACUUCGACCCCGCCGGCGAGCUCCAGACCACCACCAUCUCCGACCUCACCAAGAACAAGAAGGCUAUCCUCUUCGCCGUCCCCGGCGCCUUCACCCCCACCUGCUCCCAGAAGCACCUCCCGGGCUUCGUCGACAAGUCCAAGGAUCUCAAGGCCAAAGGGGUCGACACCAUCGCUUGCAUUUCGGUCAACGACGCCUUCGUCAUGAAAGCCUGGAAGGAGAACCUCAACAUCAACGACGAGGUGCUCUUGUUGUCCGAUGGGAACGGCGACUUCACCAGGGCCAUCGGGUGCGAGCUCGAUUUGAGCGACAAGCCCGUGGGGUUGGGCGUGAGAUCCCGAAGGUACGCGCUCUUGGCCGAAGAUGGGGUCGUCAAGGUCUUGAAUUUGGAGGAGGGCGGUGCGUUUACGUUCAGUGGGGCUGAGGAUAUCCUCAAAGCUCUUUGAAUUUGGUGAGCUUGUAACCCUUUUUCUUUCUCUGUGUUUUUGUGGUGGUUUUUUUGGAUUACUUGUUCUUCGUUGGUUCAGUGGAUGAUCUAUGGGACCUGAGUAUAUGAUUUAAUAAAUGUUGGAAGUUUUGCAAAA